GCCGGACGGGUCAAUGCCAGCCGGAUGAUGACCAGUUGUGGCCAGCGGUCCCGGAACGUUCUCGCAGUAUUCUCUCUGCUGUUUCCUGCAGUCCUGUCCGCACAUUUCCGGGUCUGUGAGCCUUACACAGACCACAAAGGCCGCUACCACUUCGGUUUCCACUGCCCCCGGCUCUCAGACAACAAGACCUUCGUCCUGUGCUGUCACCAUAACAACACAGUCUUCAAAUACUGCUGCAACGAGACAGAGUUCCAGGCGGUCAUGCAGGCAAACCUCACGGCCGGCCCCGAGGGCUACAUGCACAACAACUACACAGCGCUGCUGGGAGUGUGGAUCUACGGCUUCUUCGUGCUCACCCUGCUGGUCCUGGAUCUGCUCUAUUAUUCAGCCAUGAACUACGACAUUUGCAAGGUUUACCUGACCCGGUGGGGCAUCCACGGACGGUGGAUGAAACAGGACCCCCGGCGGUGGGGGAACCCCGCUCGAGCCCCUCGGCCGGGACAGCCAGCCCCACAGCCACAGCCUCCUCCUGGUGUCCUGCCACAAGCACCCCAGGCCGUACACACGCUGCGGGGAGACACACACAGCCCACCCCUGAUGGCCUUCCAAAGCUCAUCUGCCUGGAGACAGCCACUGCCUGUCUUCCCUCAGAUGGGCCCUGGGUUGGCUCCUGAGGUAGGAGGGGAGGGUGUGGAGAGCCACCAUUCAGGUGGGGAGCCAGACACAGAUGCGGGGAAAACUAGAUGGGGAGCAGUCUGUUUACUGUGCCCAAUGGCAGGACUCACUGGCCAAAAGGGUCUGGUGGGGUGCCUGUUGGCACACUGGUUUGAGAAUCACUGGGAGACAUCUUGGUGGAGUCCCCACCUGCCUCCAAGGCGAUGA